AACAGGAAAGGGCAUCAUCAAAACUCAAAAGCCCGAUUAUAAUAAAUGGGCCCGCAAAACUCAAAGAAUGAUGAUGGCGACGUCUCUACCGACGUGCUUGAUUACCGUACCGGCAAAGGCCCAUCGGAACCUUCUUGCUCGUCUUCCAUUCCAUGUAAGCCUGAACCGGUCCCAGACGAACCUCAAUUUUCGCCUUCCCGACCUCCUCUGGCAACCACAUCUCCAGCCACCACAAUCCGGAGCCGGCCAGUUUGUCGCGGAUCCUGGGACGAAGAAUCGGCAGAUUCUGGUUUCACGGCUUCCAUAUGUUCCGACAAUGAUUUGACAAAUAUCAGGAUCAUGAGCUGUAAAAAGCAGAAUGUGGUUGCAAGGCCCGUGUCGACCCGAGGACGAUGCGGCUCUUUCCCAGCUUCUUGUAGCGCGAGGGAGGAGACCAACCAAGAAUCAAUGGUAACGACUGCUGCAAAUGAUGAUUCCGCCAGUGAUUCAUCUUACGCUGUGGCCAACCCCCCUCAUCCGUCGUCAAAUUUGUUUCAACUAAUAGCACGAUUUGCGUUCAAUUCAAUUGGGUUUCCAAUUAGUUUUUUCGUCAGGUUCAUAACUUUGCCUAUGUGGUUUCUGUAUCAUUCUUUUAUGUUUUAUAUCGAUCCCUUUCGAAAAUUUAGGGCAGGCAAGAUGGUUAUUCUAUGGAUUUCGCCCAGAGUGUGGGGUAUUUUCUGGGAGAGGGUUAGUCCAUCAUUAUAUAGAUGGUUAAAGGAUCGCAUUUCAAUUUGGAAAAUUGGCUUGCGUUGUGGGUGGGGCAUCUUGUGGUUAAUCUAUGUUUUUAUCAGUUUACUCGUUCUCCUGGUUUCAUCACUUGUAAUUAGUGGGUUUAUGAUGAAGUACAUAUCCGAAAAGCCAAUUCAGAAGACGGAAAUUUUGAAUUUCGAUUAUACGAAGGAGAGUCCGAUUGCGUAUGUGCCAUUAAUAUCAUGUCCAAGUGUUGGUGCUGGAAACGAUUGGGAUAACAUCGCAGAUAAUAGGAGGACGAGUGAGCGGGUGAUACCUUCUAAACGCAAAGUGCAGGUCAUGCUAUCGUUACUAGUGCCAGAAUCUGAGUACAACAAAAAUCUUGGGGUCUUCCAGGUCAGGAUAGAUUCUCUCUCUUUUAAUGGUAAAAUCAUCGCCAGUUCGAGCAUGCCAUUAAUGUUAAGAUUCAGAAGUGGGCUUAUUCGUCAAAUGUUGUCCGUCUUGAAGCUUGCUCAUCUGGUUUCUGGCCAUAUUUCGGAAGCUCAAACUCUGAAUGUCAAGAUGGAAGAUUUUAUUGAACGGGAUGAGCCUACCGCAUGCUUAAAAGUGACACUUGAGCAACGAGCAAGUGUUCAAGCUGGUUCUGGCAUUCCUGAGUUAUACGGUGCACAUCUAGUUCUCGACUCAAAACCUCCCUUUCUCAAGUGGAUUACCUGGCGUUGGAAGAAAACUGUGUUUAUAUGGAUCACAACGAUGACAUUCAUGAUGGAGUUACUCGUUGCUCUCGUGUGUUGUAGGCCUAUGAUCAUUCCAAUGAAAAGGCAAAGGGGGUAGCUCUGCAUGCAUUGCUGCUGAUCAAAGCCAAAGCGAUCUUCUUAUUCAAAGUUGAGACUACUCCGCUUUCCUAUGCUUCGGAACAGUGAUGGCAUUAACAUUCCGUGUCUAAUUGCUUAAACUGAUUUUUUUUUUUAAUUGUGCUUCUUUCUUCUAAUUUAAAGUUCCUAUCCACUUAUCAUGUACAUGUUAUACACUUGGAUUUCAUCAUCAACAAUCUGAU